ACUCUUGUUUAUUACUAGAAUGAGAUGCAAUGCUAGUAACUAGAAUUUGAGGCAAGACGUACUUUUUAUCGAAGAGAUUUUACCCCUCUUGUAUGCUUUUAUAAUUUCUCAUGUAUCAUUUGCAUGGCGCAUAGUUGCAGGGUGUGCGCUUGCAUUUAAUUAUGCAAGAAAGCCAUCAACUAUGAAAAGACAGAUGUAUCAAGAAUGUGAUCCUUCGGUAGAAAUUGAACUAUCACAGGAAUUGGGCGGGAUGAGGAUGGAGGGGGAAGGUAAGUCAAAAAGUACGAGACAGUGUAAGCACCGAGGACACCGAAGAAUUGAUUCAGAGAGAAAACAAUGGGACAGAAUCAUGGAAGGAUCCUAUCAAAACCAGGGAGGAGCUGAAAAUGUACCUCACGAAAUAGCAGUAAUGCAAUGUCCUGAAUGGAAAAGAUUCAAGCAGAACGAGCUUAUGGCAAGCCUGGCAACAGAGGACGAAGCGAACUAUUCAGGAAUUUAUAGAGGAAUGAGUUUGAACUUAAGGCAAAUAGAAAGAAGGUUUUUAGAAGAAGAGAGGCAUUCAAGAUUAUGUUUAGAAGCAUUAGAAAAUAAAGAAAGACAAAAAUCGAAUGUGAGCCAAACAGAUGAGAGAAUGGGUAGACCUAUCGAUGCUGCAGAUGAGAGUAGGCAAAACAAUGAUAGUGAGUCGAAAAAUGAAGCUUUUCAUACUAAAAAUGCAGACAGUCUUACAUGGAGGCCCGACAAACCCGAACAAGUUCAAAGAGUUGAAAACAUUGAACCAUCAUCAAUAAAUAGUUCACCGACGUCAUUGGCUAGUCAUCCCUCGGUUCCUUUCCCUUCAAGUUCCACAUCUUGUGCAGAAAAUUGGAAUGGUGAAAAUCAAUAUUCGCAGCCAUUCCCAACAUCAACUAUUGACACUGAAACAUGGAAAUCUGAUCUCCCAUCACCAAAGCAACCAACUUUUCCAGUCCUAACCUCAAACAUGCAGAUGAUCGAAAAUUUAAAGCAAGCCAUUCUCAGCUUGCAGCCGGAACAAAACUAUCUUCCACAUGAGCACUACUCUCCCACCGCGUUUUUUCACUAUCAAGCUAUCUACUUCAUUUACUCGCAAUACAACGACCACAUAACCCGCUUCAAAGAACAACAUUCUCAAAGUGCGCAGUCGAUCGAACAGCUCAUCAACAAAAUUUUUUCUCAAAUUUCUUGCGAUCCUAAACAAAUUGUCGACAAAGCAUGUGAGCUCCUAAACCUGAUAAACCAACACCAGACGAACGCAGAACACGAUGGAGAAUUGUACUAUUUACUGGAAUGUAUCAGCUUUCGCCUCUUAGCACAAAGUAAAAACAUCGAGCAUUCAUACGCCUUCUUUGCCUAUGCAGAAGUUGUAAAUUUUGUUGCAUCGAAGUUCCCAUUGUUACUAGAUUUCAUAAUCCACUCUUUCCAUCAGCAUUGUCCAUACACAAUUCCUGUAUAUCCACAAAGACGUCUUGGACAAUCGGAUUCACAGUUUAUGUUACAAGAAUUAAAAUACACAAAAAAGGAGCUCUCUCAUCCUGCCAAAUACUUUCAAAGAAUGAAAAGAUACAUGUAUAUGUACGCGGCCAUCCUGAAUGUUCAAUCUUCAGGACAUAUGCAGGGACUUCAGGCUGCCUGGGCAUGGGUCUCUAGAAUUCUUAACGUAGAACCUGAAGAUAUCACUGCGCACCUGCUGGACGCCUUCUUCGAGCAGUGUGGGUACUCUAUGUUGCAUCGCUUCGGACGCCAGGCAGCAAAACUUAUUGACUUUUUGAAGUCAGUUUACAUGAAAAAGCUUAAAAGUGGAGCGGAACUGGAAAUUUUAAAAGCGACUUUAGACGAAAUUGCAUCGAAGAAGCAUCUUACCUUGGCUCUGGAUUUGUAA